AUGACUUCUCUGGGUAAAAGAAUCGAGGAAUAUGAAGUUCACAAUCUACUUGGUAAAGGAGGUUUUGCCUCUGUAUACCGUGCAAGAUGUUUGAAAACUGGCACUGAUGUUGCCAUCAAAAUGAUAGAUAAAAAACUUAUGCAAGCUACUGGAAUGGUAAAUCGUGUAAAACAGGAAGUAUCAAUCCAUUCUAGACUGAAGCAUCCCUCAAUUUUGGAGUUAUAUGAGUGUUUUGAAGAUAUCAAUUAUGUCUAUCUUGUCCUGGAACUUUGCCAUAGAGGAGAAUUGCAGAAGUUUGUUAAAGAAAGGCCUCUUUCUGAGAGUGAAGUGAGCAGUAUCAUGGGACAAGUAGUUGAAGGAAUAAAAUAUCUUCAUUCCUACAACAUACUUCAUAGGGAUCUAUCUUUAUCUAAUUUACUUCUCACAAAGGAUAUGCAAGUGAGGAUUGCUGAUUUUGGGUUAGCUACUCAGCUGACAAGGCCUGAUGAAAAACAUAUGACCAUGUGUGGAACACCGAAUUUCAUAUCCCCUGAAGUGGCUUCUAGAGGUUCUCAUGGUCUAGAAGCUGAUGUGUGGGGCAUAGGUUGCCUGCUCUAUACAUUACUAGUUGGUUCACCACCAUUUGACACACCUGGAGUUAAAAGUACUUUAACUAAGGUUGUUAUGUCAAAUUAUAACCUGCCUAGUCAUCUAUCCCCAGAAGCUAAAGAUUUGAUCAAUUCAUUACUUCAAAAAAAUCCUAAGGAUAGAAUGAAGUUGGAACAGAUAUUGGAACAUCCAUUCAUCAGAAGGAGCAGGAUUCUGACAUCUCACCUUACUCAUGAUAGUGGAGUUCACACAAUGUCCAGUAAAAGGGACAGCACUUUUGGUGACAAUUCCUCUUUACCAUAUUCAUCACACAAACUCCACUCUCAUGCACAUUUGAGGAGAACGAAUAGUGACUGUUCACCUAUGCAAUAUCAGUAUGGGAAUCUGCACUCUAAUAUGGAUAAUUUACGGAUACACAGCUAUGAUGCCCUUCCUCACAUUAGUCCUUCCACUGAUGUAAGAUCUGAGCAUAUUUCAGUUCUGUCAAACUGUCAUUCCAAUUAUGAUGGUUCAGUCAAGCCCACUUGUCAAAAUAUGGAUGUUGGAAUUAGCCAGUGCAGCCAGAAAUGCUAUAUUCCUUCAGAUCCAGGAGGUUGUAGUGGGUCAAAUAACGGCUUUUACAACGUGCCUUCUAUUGGAUCUCAUUAUUCCGAUCCACCCUACAAUGAAAAUACCGGUAACCACCUGUACAGCCACACCUCAGAUUCCUACAGGCCAAUGGAACCUCUUAAACCCGUAGAAAAUUUCCACCGAUCUCAAGAUACCCUUCCCGUCCAUAAAACCCACAAGACUAAAAACUUGGUGCCCGUAUGUUCCCAAAGGCUUCUUCCUACGAGACAUCAAACCAAAAAUGCCGUUCUCAGUAUCCUCAAAGACGGAGAAGUGUGCAUCGAGUUUAUAAAAAAGCGAGGCUACCCCAAGAGGGAUGUGGUUUGCGAGGUUAUGAGGAUAUCCACGGACGGUUUGAGGAUAAUUCUGUACGAACCCGAUGGGGGUAAGGGAGUCCUGCUGAAUUCUGAACCCCCUCCUGUACCUGUUCAAGGAGCAGAUAAGAUAUAUGGCCUCGAAAAUCUGCCAGAGAAACAUUGGAAGAAGUACACGUACGCGUCGAAGUUUGUCGAAUUGGUUAGAGCGAAAACGCCGAAGGUCACAUAUUACACUGAUAAGGCAAAGUGUUUUCUGAUGGAGAAUCUAAUUGAUUUUGAGGCUUGCUUCUAUGAUGGAGGGAAAAUAACUCAGUCAAAUAGUGAAGGUAUAACAAUAAUCGAUAGUUCAGGAAACAAAUACAAUUUCCAUUCGACGAUGGAAUGCAGUACAUUGUCGGGAGCGCUAGAACUGAUGUGGAAUCACGCACAGGAGUCCCUUGAAUACUGCAUGUUGUUGGAAUCGACGUUACGUGGAAUGCCACGAUCCUCUUUUCCCGUUAUUGUCGGACGCAGGCCGUCAUCCGGUGUUUCUGCAGAGAAGGAAAAUCAACCACAAACAGUCAUUCCUUCAUUCACUGUAUCAAUAGAUGCUACCAAUCCCGGUUCAUCUUUCGGAAAUUCAUCCAAUUCUAGAGAAAAACGGGUCACCGUGCCAGGAGUUGGUACGGCAUUUCAAUUAUCUAACGGAGAGGUGCAAGUGAGGUAUCCUGAAGGGUCUCAACUAUGGGUUGAUGGAAAACAUAAUGUGCGAUACCAAUACCCUGAUGGUCGAAUCGUCAAUUAUGUUGAUAACGAAAUUAUUCCUCGUGUAAUAAUGGAAAAACUGCAACAUAUGCCAAAAGUACUGAAGCAUUUGAUGCCGAGCCCAGUAGUCCACAAAGUACACAAUUUGAGAUGA